GGAUUGUUAUUAAUUGUUACUGUAGUUUUGACAGUCAAUGUUGUUGGAAAUGAAACCUGUAAAGCAGAUAAGUUGCAAGUUGUAACCUAUAAAGAUAACGUGUGUGCACUUUGAUGGCGUCUCUCUGCCCGAAAUGAUUGGCGUUCGAGCCUGAUUCGAAUACGGAAAAACCGGCGCUACUCUUAUACUACCUACGAUUUUGUGUAGCUGCGAAUGCCUGGAUGGCACUUAAAACAGUCUCCAUUCGGCAGAUAAGAUUGGGUUUAUCUCUGGGCAAAGAGUGGGUGAGCUUCGGUUUGCCGGUGCUGGCGGCCAAUCCUUUGCUCAACAAAAACCAUUGGACAACAACACAUACACCGUCAGAGAGAGUGAGAAAAAGAGAGUGGGAGAGAGAGAGAGGAAGAUUGGUUUUUCAGCAGAGGUAUAUAUUCCCCCCCGAUAAGCAAUACGACCAAUUCGAGUUAAACGAAGUAUUUGUCGGUAGAGAUACAGAAAUCGGUCAGUAGUAGUUAUGCUAUUGUUUCGCGUCGGUGCCGUGCCACAUUGUCCCCAAAAGUGUGAAUAUAUGAGCCUAGGAGGAAAGGCAGCUGCUACUCGCUUGCUCCCGUAACCCGUAACCCGUAACGCCGUGGAUAAGUCACGGAUUAAAACCCAAACAUGGACAAGAUGUUCGAAAAAGUUCUUCGCAAAAGGGGCUCCAAAGUCAGCACAACAAAUGAUUGGCUUCAAAUACAAAUUGGCGGACCCGAUUUGGGCAAAAAGAAGAAGCCAUCGAAUCAGAAUCGCAUCAAAUCAACAAAAUACACAUUGAUCACAUUUCUGCCACAGAAUCUAUUGGAACAAUUUCGACGCAUUGCCAAUUUCUACUUCCUGGUGAUGACAAUAAUAUCGCUUUUAAUUGAUAGUCCUGUGUCGCCAAUGACCUCACUGCUGCCCUUGGUAUUCGUGAUUGCUGUCACUGCCGCCAAGCAGGGCUAUGAAGAUAUUCUACGCUUUAGAACAGAUAACGUUGUGAAUGCCUCACCAGUUACUAUUAUCAGGGAUGGCGUUGAGGCAAUCAUUAAAUCACAAGAUGUGGCACCCGGUGACCUGGUGGUGGUCGAGAAGGACUGUGAUGUGCCAUGCGAUUUGGUGCUGUUGCGUACCACAGAUCCGCAUGGCAAGUGCUUCAUAACCACCGCCAAUCUGGAUGGUGAAUCGAAUCUGAAGACACUGAUGGUGCCCCGAGAGCUGCCCACCGUCGAUCUGAAGGAUAUGCACAAGCUGGGCAUGAUCGAGUGCGAGACACCCACCACAGAUCUGUACAGCUUCAAUGGCAAAAUCGAGCUGAGGGGCAGCGAGGGUCGUGUGCUGCCCCUGUCCGCUGAGAAUGUACUGCUGCGCGGGUCACGGGUCAAGAACACAGAGUGUGUGAUCGGCUGUGCCGUGUACACGGGCAUGAUCACCAAGCUGCAGCUCAACAGUCGCCUCACACGCAACAAGAACUCCUCCAGCGAGACGUACAUCAAUCGCUUUCUGAUUGUCAUACUGGUCGCCCUGAUAGUCAUAGUCACGCUGCUGUAUUUCCUCAAACGCUAUAAUGAGCUUUUUGUGAUACCAAAGCUAACCUAUCUGGGCGAUGCCACAGACAGUUACAGCGUGAAGCAGUUCCUGCAGGACUAUCUGUCCUUUUUGAUACUAUUCAACUAUCUGAUACCCAUAUCGCUGUAUGUCACCAUUGAGCUGCAGCGCGUCAUUGGCGGCUUCUUCAUGGAGUGGGACAUGGAGCUGUACGAGACCGAAACCGAUCAGCAGUGUGUCGUUAACACGUCGAACCUCAACGAGGAGCUGGGCCAGAUCAACAUACUCUUCUCGGACAAGACGGGCACUCUCACCAAGAACGAGAUGAACUUCCAGCAGUGCUCGAUAGCGGGUCGAAAGUUUCACUUCAAGAAGACCCGCCUCGAGGAGGAGGAGACCCACGCCCUGCUGGACAUAAACAAGUUCAAUGCGGAUCAGCGCAUAUUCUUUCAGGCGUUGACCAUCUGCCACACUGUCCAGGUGGCUGCUGGCUCGCUGGAGGAGGCCGAUGCCAGCAGCAGCAGCACCGCCACCACCAAGAAGGAGCCAGCAGCGGUCACAGCCAACAAGUCGGGACCCCCCGAAAUGUACUCCAUAUCAGACAUCACCGAGGAGAGCCAAAACUCUAGUCAGCAGAGCGAACUGAAUGUCAGCCACAACAUUGAGAAUUCGGUGUCCGCCCAUCCGAAUGGUGUGAACUCCUCCUCGGAUGUAAAUCCCCUGCUGGUCAGCGAUGACAGCUAUAGCGUGGAGCGACGCAAACGGCCGCAGGUGGUUAAACGUAGCCCAAACUUUGCCCGUGCCGCCAAUCGGGUGCACAUUGCGCCCACGCCCAGCGAAACACAGAUCGAUCAGACUGAGCUGAAUGGAGGCAACGGCAACGGCAACGGGAACUCCUCCCCCAGCAAUGGAGCUGCUGGCCUGCAUUCGCCACACAUACGUCCAAUUUCAUUGCAAUUCCAACGCUCUACCUCAGAGAGAGACCUGCCGCAGUUCGAUGAGGCGCACAAUGGUGUGGCACUCGGCCAUCGCCGUGCCCACUCGUAUGGGGCGCCCAAUGCCUAUCUGUCGCACCCCAUUGGCAGCAGCAGCACACCGUCCACAAGCGCCAUCUUUCGCUCGCCCAGCACCCAUUCACGCGAGUCGUACGCGGCACCGACCUUCACCCGCCAGCCGACCAUCCUGGUGCGUGCCGAAUCGCAGCGUCGCAAGAACGAGAUACGUGACUUUAUAUUCACCCUCGAUUAUCAGGCGUCGAGUCCCGAUGAAAAGGCCCUGGUGGAGGCCUGUGCCAAUCUGGGCCUCGUCUACACCGGCGACGAUGACGAAAUACUCAGCGUGCGCAUUGUGCCCCCCCACUUGGACUACAAGCGACCCUUCACCAUUGGCAAGCCCAAGGAGGAGAAGUUCCAUCGACUGCAUGUGCUCGAGUUCACAUCGGACCGCAAGCGGAUGAGUGUCAUAGUGCGCGAUGCGGAGGGCAAGAAGUGGAUCUACACCAAGGGCGCCGAGAGCUAUGUGUUUCCGCUGUGUGCCAAUAGUUCGGCGCAGUUGGUGGCCAAAACGGAUCGUCAUAUCAGCGAUUUUGCCCGGCUCGGUCUGCGCACACUGGCCAUAGCACGGCGCAUGAUUGGCGAGGAGGAGUAUCGCGAUUUCCUGCAGGAACUGGCACAGGCAAAUAGCUCACUCGAGAACCGAAAGCAGCUAAGCGAGGAGUGCUACUCAAAGAUUGAGAGCGAUCUCGAUCUGUUGGGGGCCACAGCCGUGGAGGAUGCCCUGCAGGAUGAUGUGGCCGAUACGCUGGUCUCCCUGCAAGCAGCGGGUAUUAAGAUCUGGGUGCUAACCGGCGACAAGGUGGAAACGGCCCUGAACAUAGCCCUGUCCUGUGGCCACAUACCGCCCGAUGCCAAAAAGUACUUCAUAAUCGAGUGCAAGAAUCGCGAGGAUAUGCUGCAGCAUUUGAAUGCUCUGGAUCGCGAGAUCAUCUUUGGCAUUGGCCAGGAGUGUGCCCUGCUCAUCGAUGGCAAGAGUCUGGCCGUGGCCCUGUCCGAGGUGGCCAAAGAGUUUCGGGAUGUGGCCGUCAAGUGCACGGCUGUGCUGUGCUGUCGCCUCAGUCCGCUGCAGAAGAGCGAGGUGGUGGCCCUGAUCAAGUCAUCGAAUGAGAACUACAACACGGCCUCCAUUGGGGAUGGGGCGAACGAUGUGUCGAUGAUACAGGAGGCGCAUGUGGGCAUUGGCAUUAUGGGACGUGAGGGCAGGCAGGCGGCCCGUUGUGCCGACUUUGCCUUUGCCAAGUUCUGUAUGCUGAAGCGACUGCUGCUCGUCCAUGGCCACUAUCACAGUGUACGCCUGUCGCUGCUGGUGCUGUACUUCUUCUACAAGAACAUUGUCUUCAUGGGCAUUAUGUUUCUGUUUCAAUUCCAUACACUGUUCUCCUCCUCCUCGGUCUACGACUCGCUCUUCCUCACGCUGUACAAUGUGAUAUACACAUCGCUGCCCAUUCUGUUCAUUGCCAUCACCGAGAAGCCCUAUACCGAAGAGAAGCUAAUGAGCACCCCACAAUUGUAUAAAAAGAAUACGGACAACAGGCAGCUGCAUUGGCCCUACUUCCUGAUGUGGGUGCUCUUUGCCAUGUACCAUGCGGUGAUCAUAUUUUACUUUGCCUUCUGCAUGUUCUCCUUCAACAAUGUGAUCCUGAGCGUUGGCCAGACGGCGGCCUUCUCCUGCUUUGGCACGCUGCUCAUUUGGGGCGUGGUGAUUGUGGUGAACCUCAAGCUCUGGCUGGAGUCAAUGUAUCUGUCGUAUUGGUACAUCUUUACGCUGGUUAUCUCCAUACUGGGCUUUAUGGUCACAACGGUUAUCUACAAUGUUAUCAAUCUGGACUACGACACCGACAUAUACUGGGCCUACAAUAAUCUGUUGGCCUCCCUGCCAGUCUGGCUGUGGGUGCUGCUCGUCUCUGUGGCCUGCCUGCUGCCGGACUUCACCAUCCGUAUGCUGCAGCGUGGCCUCAAUAUCAAGCACUUUAGCAUCUUUCCCGGCAAACAGCGAAAGCUGCAAAUGCGCGAAAAAUUCGAGUCCACCUACCUGUAAUCCUGUAAUCCUGUAAUCCAUCCUAGGCCAUAGUUCUUUUUUUAUACUGUUUAUUUAUUUAUUUCGCCCCCCUUAUGUGUACAUAUUUUCUUUUUUUUU